AUGGAUGAAUCAGUUAAAAAGUAUGAACUUUAUACAACAAAUUCAUCUUCAUUAUUGAAAACAGCAAGAAAGAUAGCUCAAAACAGUCAUAAUGAAGAACAACAAAUAAUAUACUUUAAACUUAUACACCUUUCCAUCAAAUCUUUAUUAAUUGUUUAUAAAAAAUAUUUUAAUUUAUCAUCUGAUCAAAAAUUACAUAUUUUAUAUUCAUUAAGUUAUAUAAUUUAUAACAAUAUAUCUAAUAAAGAAGUUGCAUUACCAUUUAUUGAAGAAGGUAUUCGACUAGCUAAAAAAUCAAAUUUACGAGAACUAGCAUUUCAAUUUACUUUACUAAAUUUAGAAAUUCUCAAAAAUAAAUCGUAUAUUCAUAAAUUAUAUGAUGAAGCUAUAGAAUAUUAUAAAUAUCCAAUAUUAAAAUUAAAGAAGUAUGAGUUGUUAGCUGAUGAUCUAAAAUAUGUCAAGUUUACUAAAUUUUUAAAUGAUGAUAACUCACCACUUAUUAAAAAUAUUGCAUUAUUAUACCUUGCCAAUAUGAAUAUUACAAAAGGAAGUCCACAAUUGGCUAUUGACUUUUUAAAUAAAAUCGAAGAUCCUCCUCCAUUACAAAUGAUUCAAGUUUAUUUUGCAAAAUUGAGUGCAUAUUUAAUAUUAAAUAAUUAUAAUGAUGCAAAAUUAAUUUUAAUGGAACUUAAUAAAAUUUCAAAAUCAAAUUAUGCUGAAAAUUUUGCAAAUUGGCCCAAAACUGGUCAAGUUUCAUAUGAAAAUAUUACAUUUACAUGUUUAACGCCAAAUGAUUUCAUGACUAAUAUAAGUAUAUUUCAAGGAUUAACUUAUAUGAAUGAUAAUUUAACUUAUUCAAGUAAGAAAUUUACAAAAUCUUUAGAAUUAAUACAAAGUCAACAACAGAUAUUAAUUGGUAAAAAACAAACAUCAAAACCAAUAACUAUGGAAAUUAUUCAAGCUGAAAAAUUUAGACUCGAAAAGAUUUCAUACAUGAUUAAUUUUUAUGAAAAUUUUAUAUCUUUUUUAAAUGGUGAAUUUAAAUUAGAAUCAUUGAAUAAGUUUAUGACUAGAAAUAAUAAAGGUAUUACCAAUUUAGAAUAUUCUCAAUUUGAAUUUUUUUAUCCUCAUGUUUAUUAUUUGAUUGCAUUGUAUUAUCAUAGUAAACUAGAUAUACAAGCUGCUAAAAAUUACUACCUAAAAUUAAUUAAUUUAAAACCAAAUCCAGAUUUAUACCUAUUCUCCUUGCUCCAUUUAACAAUCCUAUUACAAUAUGAAAAUAAAAAUCUAUCGUUUAGAAAUGAAUUAUUCGCAAAAUUACAAAAUAUGUUUAAUUCAGCAAGCCCCCAAACUUUCCAAAAUAAUAUAACAUAUGGUAAUGAUGUACUAGAUGCUACAAACACCCUCAUAUUUAAACAAACAAUGGAUUAUCCAAAAUUAUUAGAUGAUUUUAAAUCUACAAAUUUUACAUUUUUUAAAUUUCUUUUAGAGUUAAGUCAUGUAAAAUUUCAAAAUUCAGAAAUUAAAAUGGAAAUAUUAAUGAAAAUGAAGAGUGAAUUGGGUUCAAAUUUAUUAGAUCAAACUUUAACUGUUUUAAUACUACAAGAAUUGAAAAAAUUAUAUAUACAAAAUCAAGAUGAAAGCAGGAAACAAAUGUGUGAUAUGCAAAUUGAUAGAGUUAUAAAUGUAUGUAAAAAAGCUUAUGAAUUUUUAGAUAACAAUGUACAGUAA